AUUUGUAAUAUUGAAAUAGUCAUAAUUUAGUAAACGCCUACCGUUUGCCAGGCAUUUUUACAUUUGUCCCCUCUAAUCUUUUGAUGAGAUGAUCAGAUUGGAUUACUUGGCCUUGAAGAUUAUAUUUAUAUAUCUAUAUCUAUAUCUAUAUAUAUCAGAAAACCUGAAAUACGUUUUGUAAAGUUAUAAAGGUUUCAGAUGUUAUGGAAUCUGGGAUUUGCCAAAUGUAACCCCUUUCUCUACGUUAAACCCAUGGUUGGAGCAAAUACAUUUAUUAUUCAUUCAGCAAAUGUUGCUGAGUCCUGACUAUGAACCAGGCACUGUGAAAGGCUUUGGGAGAUUUUGCCCAUGCUUGGGCAAGCUUAUGUAGUUUGCUUCAUAAAACUCCAUUUCAGUUCCUCAUAACUAAUACUUCGAGACUAUUGCUUUUCAGGUAUUCCUUCCUAAUAAAUACUUUGGCUUUCAUGUAUUUGAGUAAAGUCCCCCUUGAGGAGGAGUAGAAGAACUGCACUUUGUAAAUACUACCCUGGAAUCCAAAUGGAUAGACAAGGAUGGUGCUACCUCUUCCUGGAGAGUACGUGAGCAAGGCCUGUUUUGUUAACAUGUUCCUUAGCAGACAAAAUCUAGGAGAGCCACACAUAGCAGAAAAUGAGAAAAACCUAAGAAAUGAAUGGGAAUUUUACUCGAUUAGCAUGGAAGACCUUGUUUAUACUAUGAUAAAUGUUUGUAUUUGCUGGAAGUGCUACUGAUGGUUAACCCUUUUUGUUUAAAUGUGUGCCCUAGUAGCUUGCAGUAUGAUCUAUUUUUUGAGUACUGUACUUACCUUAUUUAAAAAUUUAUAUUUAAAAUUGCAUACUGCUCUUUCACUGAAGAAGUUUUGAGAGAGAGAUAGAAUUAAAUUCACUUACCUUACCAUCUAGAGAAACCCGAUGUUAAAACUUUGCUGUCCAUUAUUUCCUUUAAUCAACACUUUUUUUAGAGGGUGGGAGGAGUAAAGAGGAGGUACAAAGAUACACAAAUGAGACCCCUCUCUAUAUAUUGUUUUGUCCUGUUUUUCAGUUAGCAAUAUAUUAUGAGCACAUUUCCAUUUCAUUAAAUAUUCUUCCACAGUUAUUUUGAUGGCUGUAUAUCAUCUUACUUUAUGAAUGUACCAUAGUAAUUUAUUUCCUGGUGUGGGUCAUUUGGUUUUAUAAUCUUACCUUUAGAAUCAUGAAACACCUGUGAAGCUUUAGAAAAUACUGGUGCCUGGGUCCCAACUCCACAGAUUCUGAUUUAACUGGUCUGGGUUACAGACUAGGCACUAGGAAUUCAAAAAGUUCCCCCAGUGAUUCUGAUGUGUAACCAAGAUUGGGAAGCCUCAUAGACAUGGAUGAUAGGAGGUGAACCACUAUUAGCAUCCAUCAUUUAGUAUUAACAUCAUCAUCUUGAGUUGCUAAGUGAAUGGUGCAGCUGACCCACUUCAUAAAGACACAUGUGCAAAUAAAAUUAUUAUAGGACUUGGUUUAUUAGGGCUUGUGCUCUAAGUUUUCUAUGUUAAGUCAUACAUCACAUACUAAAUACUUUAAAAUGUACCUUAUUGACAUACAUAUUAAGUGAAAAGUGUUUUUGAGCUAAACAAUGACAGCAUAAUUAUCAAGCAAUGAUAAUUUGAAAUGAAUUUAUUAUUCUGCAACUUAGGGACAAGUUAUCUCUUUGAAUUAUCUGUAGCUUGAGAAUAUUUGUUAUAUUUGCAAAAUGAAGAGUCUGAAUUGGUCAGACCAUGUCUUGUGUGCCUGGCAUAUAAUAGACAUUUGAUAGUUUUAAAGAAUUAAUGUAUUAGAUGAAUUGCAUACCAAAUCUGAUGUCUUUUCUUUAUGGCUUCAUUAACUUCUUAAUUUGAGAGGAAUUAGUUAAUCUGCAACUUAGGGACAAGUCAUCUCUUUGAAUAUUCUGUACUUUGAGAAGAAUAUUUGUUAUAUUUGCAAAAUAAAAUAAGCUUGCAAUUUUUUUUUUCUGCCCCAAAGAGAUCUGUGUCCUUGAACAUAAAAUACAAAUAAGUGCUAUGCUGUUAAUUAUUGGCAAAUGUCCCAUUUUCAACCUAAGGAAAUACCAUAAAGUAACAGAUAUACCAACAAAAAGUUACUAGUUAACAGGCAUUGCCUGAAAAUAGUAUAAAAGAAUUUCAGCACGAUUUUCCAUAUUCUGCUUCCACCACUGCCAAUAACAAAAUAACUAGCAACCAUGAAGUGGGUGGAAUUAGUGUUUUUAAUUUUCCUACUAAAUUUUACUGAAUCCAGAACACUGCAUAGAAAUGAAUAUGGAAUAGCUUCCAUAUUGGAUUCUUACCCAUGUACUGCAGAGAUAAAUUUACCUGACCUGGCUACCAUAUUUUUUGCUCAGUUUGUUCAAGAAGCCACUUACAAGGAAGUAAGCAAAAUGGUGAAAGAUGUAUUGACUGCAAUUGAGAAACCCACUGGAGAUGAACAGUCUGCAGGGUGUUUAGAAAACCAGCUACCUGCCUUUCUGGAAGAACUUUGCCAUGAGAAAGACAUUUUGGAAAAGUACGGACUUUCAGACUGCUGCAGCCAAAGUGAAGAGGGAAGACAUAACUGUUUUCUUGCACACAAAAAGCCCACUCCAGCAUCCAUCCCACUUUUCCAAGUUCCAGAACCUGUCACGAGUUGUGAAGCAUAUGAAGAAGACAGGGAGACAUUCAUGAACAGAUUCAUUUACGAGAUAGCAAGAAGGCAUCCCUUCCUGUAUGCACCUACAAUUCUUCUUUUGGCUGCUCGCUAUGACAAAAUAAUUCCAUCUUGCUGCAAAGCUGAAAAUGCAGUUGAAUGCUUCCAAACAAAGGCAGCAUCAAUUACAAAAGAAUUAAGAGAAAGCAGCCUGUUAAAUCAACAUGCAUGUGCAGUAAUGAAAAAUUUUGGGACCCGAACUUUCCACGCCAUAACUGUUACUAAACUGAGUCAGAAGUUUACCAAAGUUAAUUUUACUGAAAUCCAGAAAUUAGUCCUGGAUGUGGCCCACGUGCAUGAGCACUGCUGCAGAGGAGACGUGCUGGAUUGUCUGCAGGAUGGGGAAAAAAUUAUGUCCUACAUAUGUUCUCAACAAGACACUCUAUCAAACAAAAUAACAGAAUGCUGCAAACUGACCACACUGGAACGUGGUCAAUGUAUAAUUCAUGCAGAAAAUGAUGAAAAACCUGAAGGUCUAUCACCAAAUCUAAACAGGUUUUUAGGAGAUAGAGAUUUUAACCAAUUUUCUUCAGGGGAAAAAAAUAUCUUCUUGGCAAGUUUUGUUCAUGAAUAUUCAAGAAGACAUCCUCAGCUUGCAGUCUCAGUAAUUCUAAGAGUUGCUAAAGGAUACCAGGAGUUAUUGGAGAAGUGUUUCCAGACAGAAAACCCUCUUGAAUGCCAAGAUAAAGGGGAAGAAGAAUUACAGAAAUACAUCCAGGAGAGCCAAGCAUUGGCAAAGCGAAGCUGCGGCCUCUUCCAGAAGCUAGGAGAAUAUUACCUACAAAAUGCAUUUCUCGUUGCUUACACAAAGAAAGCCCCUCAGCUGACCUCAUCGGAGCUGAUGGCCAUCACCAGAAAAAUGGCAGCCACAGCAGCCACUUGUUGCCAACUCAGUGAGGACAAACUAUUGGCCUGUGGUGAGGGAGCGGCUGACAUUAUUAUUGGACACUUAUGUAUCAGACAUGAAACGACUCCAGUAAACCCUGGUGUUGGCCAGUGCUGCACUUCUUCAUAUGCCAACAGGAGGCCAUGCUUCAGCAGCUUGGUGGUGGAUGAAACAUAUGUCCCUCCUGCAUUCUCAGAUGACAAGUUCAUUUUCCAUAAGGAUCUGUGUCAAGCUCAGGGUGUAGCGCUGCAAACGAUGAAACAAGAGUUUCUCAUUAACCUUGUGAAGCAAAAGCCACAAAUAACAGAGGAACAACUUGAGGCUGUCAUUGCAGAUUUCUCAGGCCUGUUGGAGAAAUGCUGCCAAGGUCAGGAACACGAAGUCUGCUUUGCUGAAGAGGGACAAAAACUGAUUUCAAAAACUCGUGCUGCUUUGGGAGUUUAAAUUACUUCAGGGGAGGAGAAGACAAAAGGAGUCUUUCAUUUCGUGUGAACUUUUCUCUUUAAUUUUAACUGAUUUAACACUUUUUGUGAAUUAAUGAAAUGAUACUUUUAUGUGAGAUUUCCUUAUCAUAGAAAUAAAAUAUCUCCAAAUGUUUCCUUU